CUCUCACUCUUACCCCUCCUCCUCGUUUGGCUUUUGCCACAACCAGGCCAUAACUGUGCUCAGUGCUCUAGUGCUUGCACGAAUCACUUUUCGGUUGGCACUCAUAUUAAGACGUCAUGCAAGACGGCCGGGCACCACGCAUCAAGAACCGGGCACCUGCUGCCAUCCAAGUCACCGCGGAACAGCUGCUUCGCGAUGCACAGGAGCGCCAAGAGUCGCAGUUCCGGGCUCCUAAGCAGCGUGUAGAGGAUUUUGAGGAGUUGCACGAGUACCGAGGGAGGAAGCGGGAGGAGUUCGAGAAGCGGAUCAGGCAGACGAGGUCAAACAUCAAAGAAUGGCUUCAAUACGCAAAUUGGGAGGCAAGCCAAGGCGAGUACGCCCGCUCGCGCUCGGUCUUUGAGCGUGCAUUGGACGUGGACCCUCGGAGCGUACAGCUCUGGCUAAGCUACACCGAAAUGGAGCUCAAGGGACGCAACGUUCAACACUCUCGCAACCUGUUCGAUCGUGCCGUCACCCUACUUCCCCGGGUUGACCAGCUCUGGUACAAGUACGUCUACCUCGAGGAGCUGCUGCAGAACGUCCCCGGUGCCCGCCAGGUGUUCGAGCGAUGGAUGCAGUGGGAGCCGGACGACAAGGCGUGGCAGGCGUACAUCAAGAUGGAGGCGCGGUACGGCGAGCCCGACCGGGCGAGCGCGAUCUACGAACGAUGGAUUGCCGUGCGUCCGGAGCCACGGAAUUGGGUCAAGUGGGCGAAGUUUGAGGAGGAGAGGGCGAAACUCGACAAGGCACGCGAGGUGUUCCAGACCGCGCUCGAGUUCUUCGGAGACGGCGAAGAAGAGGUCGAGAAAGCGCAGGCCGUGUUCAGCGCCUUUGCGAAGAUGGAGACGAGGUUGAAGGAGUACGAGCGCGCCCGGGUGAUCUACAAGUUUGCAUUGUCCCGCAUCCCCCGCUCAAAGUCGGCCGGGCUCUAUGCUGCGUACACCAAAUUUGAGAAGCAGCAUGGAACGCGGUCGACGCUUGAGACCACCGUCCUUGGCAAGCGGCGUAUACAGUAUGAGGACGAACUCGCCCAAGACGGCCACAACUACGACGCCUGGUUCGACUACUCGCGCUUGGAGGAAGGUGCACUCCGCGAUGGUCGCGACGAAGGCGCAACGCCACAAGAAGUUGAGGCUGCUGUCGGUCGUGUGAGGGAGGUGUACGAGCGCGCUGUGGCACAUGUCCCGCCAGGGGGACAAAAACGGCAUUGGCGGCGGUAUAUAUUCCUCUGGUUAAAUUAUGCUUUAUUUGAGGAGAUCGAGACGAAGGACUACGCGCGGGCACGACAAGUGUACGAGACAGCAAUAGGGGUCGUCCCACACAAACAGUUUACGUUCGCAAAACUCUGGCUCAUGUUCGCAAAGUUCGAGGUGCGGCGACUGGACUUGCCGGCUGCCCGCAAAAUCCUCGGUGCGGCAAUCGGAAUGUGCCCCAAGGAGGCGCUCUUCAAGGGCUACAUUCAGCUUGAGCUUGAUUUGCGCGAGUUUGAUCGUGUCCGGACGCUGUACGAGAAGUACAUCGAGUUUGAUCCGAGCAACUCAUCAGCUUGGGUGAAGUACGCCGAACUCGAGUCUCAGCUCGAAGACUUUGCGCGCACACGCGCCAUCUUUGAGCUUGGGGUCACACAGCAGCCACUCGCCAUGCCUGAAGUGCUCUGGAAGGCCUACAUCGACUUCGAGAUCGAGGAGGGCAACCGCGAGGGCGCGCGUGCGCUCUACGAGCGGCUCGUCGCCCUCAGCGGCCACUGGAAAGUGUGGAUCGCAUACGCGGAGUUUGAGGCUGCGCCCAUCCCUGUCGCGCGGGAACUCCGGGAGGAGCGGGAGGAAGAGGAGGAAGAAGAAGAGACGGAAAUGGUACCUGGUGACGUCGAGCGUGCGAGACAGGUAUUCGAGAGGGGUUAUGCGGACUUGAGGAAGCAGGGCCUGAAGGACGAGCGGGCUGCGCUCCUGGAGGUAUGGAAGACGUUCGAGGAGAAGAACGGGACACCGGAAGAUGUCCAGAAGGUCCAAUCCAAGAUCCCCAUCGUCAGUGCGCGUCGGGUGAAGGCCAGCGAUGGCCAGGAAGAAUUGGUCUGGGAUAUGGUCUUUCCCGACGACGAGAGGGAAUCGAAUCCGACGUCCUUCCAGUUCUUGCAGAUGGCGCACCUGUGGAAAAAGAAGCAGGCAGAAAAGGCAAAGGCUGACCAUUCCGAGGGUGCUUCGCACAGCACUAAUGACCCUGAGCCUCCCUCUGUCACGGGGGCAAGUACCCCCAGCACGGAAGAGCAGGACACGGACAUGCGGGACGAGUCCAGUCUGAGUGACGUCGCCAGCUCACACGGCGAUGAUUAGUGUGCCGCUGCAACGAUCUCUUAUUGCUUGAUACUAUCAGUGGCCCUGCAAUGCAACUGGUACAGUAAUGCAAUUAUUGAACUCUGCCCUCGCUCGUCCCUCCGGAUAUUCUGGGAUUUUUGUGUAGCAUACUUUGAAUGACUGCCUACGUCCCUAUCUAUUUUUCGAGAGGGAGAAAGUAUAGUACCUGCUCUGCAUAAAUCAAUAAACACUGUUUUUGCUCAA